AUGACCUCCAACGCAGACAAUGCCAUGGCUCGGUUCCUUUUUGCCAUUCUCAAGCAAAAGAACCUCAAGGAUAUUGACUGGAAUCAAGUUGCCAACGACCCUGUUCUGCUGCAGCCCAUUACGAAUGGUCAUGCCGCUAGAAUGAGAUACUCUCGUUUUCGCUCCACUAUUACCGGCCACGAGCCCACCAAGAGACGCAGCUCUAGCGAAAAGUCUGGCAAGGUCUCCAAGUCGUCUUCUCGACGAGAUUCACACCCCAAGAAGGACACCAUCAUCAAGUCAGAGUCCAGCAUCAGCUUGACGUCGUAUCCUCAGUUCACUCCAGACGUCUCUCCCUACAUGGGCGACCUCGGUGACGACUUUGAAAAUCCUCGAUUCAUGACUCCCUGCAGCGACGACAUGACCCAGCCGCUCUCUCUCAACCCGAAGGCGAUCCACCACCAGCUCCCCAAUCACCCCGGAUACAGUCUCGAUGCGAGCCCCGAGUUUUUGAAGCAGGAGCCAGGCCUCGAAGGCCCAACUGACUUCUCUGCCUUUGAGGCUGCCAUUGACAUGAGCAAUUUCGUCUCGGGCGGCAAUUUUGAUCUCUCUACGCAGACAGACCUCAAUGCCACCAGCCAGUCACUCUGGAACGACCACUUCCAAGACGGACACUUUUAA